CUGUCAGUGGCUCCAGUAGGGAGCCGGUGUUUCUGUUAGACGGAACACUCAAACUCCGUGUAAGAAGCUCCAGGUUCAGUGUUCAGUGCCAGACGCCAGCUUUCCUUAGAAAACAGGCCCCGAGUUAACGGCCGCCGGAGGGCUCAGGAAGCGCGCGCAGCCGUCAUCUUGGUGAGGGCAUUGCCCUGCAAGACGCAUGCGCGGCCCGCAGCGUCAUGUGACCUGACAAAGCCGAAUGAAGACCCCACUGGAACAAUCAGAGACUGAUCUCCCGACAGGCAGCAGCAACAACAACAACUUCUAUUUCAAUACCGCCUUUGACAUAAUAAACUAUCCCAGUGCACUUCACAGAAAAGAGUUCUGUAUGGUAUGGCAACAUUGAAUAUGGAGACAGGGAGGAUCAGACUAAUCGAUCAAAUGUGGCGCUGGAAGAGCACUGCAGGUCAGACAGCAACUGGGAGGGUGUUAGAAAGAGAGGACUUGCUGAUGGGAAACUUGAACUGUACAUCAUGCCAAGAUCUGAGAAAGUCACUCAAUUCAUCAGCACAUGAAUGUUACAUGCACGGACACUUGAGCGGAAAUUUUUUUAACCAGUUACACAACCUGAGAGAGUGUCCUAGUGAACUUACUGUGGAAAGAGAUUUAUAAAGGUAAAGUCACUAUAGUCCCGUGCUGUCAGAGAGACACAAUAGGGGAUGGCUUAACCUGACGGUUACUACGUCUCAGAUGAGAGGCAAGGUUAAGAAGGUGGGACUUUCAUGGUAACCUCAGCUGGUGCAGGAAUUGAACCUGUGCUGUUGGCACAGGUGCUCUGCAUCAAAAACCACACAGUAAUGGAAGCCCAGAAAGAGUUUUAACCAGUUUAAUACAACACACCCUGAAAACAUCACAGCACAGUGGGGUGAAACUUGUGCAUCUGAACAAAGCUUGAACUUAUAAUUCAACUAAUAGUCCACAAGGACUACUGCACCAUGGAGAAACCUUGGAAAUGUGAGAACUGUGGGAAGGGCUUCAGAUAUCCAUCCAGGCUGGAAUAUCAUCAACGCAGUCACAUUGGAACUAAUACUGCAGAAAAACGAUGGAAAUGUGAGGACUGUGGCAAAGGGUUUGAUUAUCCCUGUCUGCUAGAAACCCAUCAACGCAUUCACACUGGGAUCAGGCCAUUCACCUGCUCUGUGUGUGGAAAAGGAUUUACUAAUUCAUCCAGCCUCAUGUUACACCAGCAAACUCACAAUGAGGAGAGACCGUUCAUCUGCUCCGUGUGUGGGAAGGGAUUUGCCAAGUCAGCCAACCUCAUGUUACAUCAGCGAAUUCACACUGGGGAGAGGCCAUUCAACUGCACUUACUGUGGAAAGAGGUUUAGGCAGUCAUCUGCCCUCACUGCACACCAGCGACUUCACACUGGGGAGAAGCCGUUCACCUGUUCAGUAUGUGGGAAGGGAUUCACUCAGUCAUCCAGUCUCCAGUCACACCAACGAAUACACAAUGGGAAGAGACUAAUCAGUGGCACCUCCCGCAGAAAAAAGUUGUUGAAGUCUUCAGCUGAUUCCAUGUCACACCAGCAAGAUAAUACUGGGCAGAGACCAUUCGCCUGCUCCGUGUGUGGGAAGGGAUUUACUCAGUCGGCCAGCCUCAUGUCACACCAGAGAAUUCACACCAAGGAGAUGCCAUUCAGUUGCGCUCACUGUAGGAAGAGAUUCAGGUCUUCAUCCAACCUCAGUGCACACCAGCGAGUUCACACUGGGGAAAAGCCAUUCACCUGCUCCAAGUGUGGGAAGAGAUUCGCUCAGUCAUCCAACUUGGUGGUACAUCAGCGAAUUCACACUGGAGAGCGACCAUUCACCUGCUCCGUGUGUGGAAUGGGAUUCACUCGGUCAGCCAGCCUCAUGUUGCACCAGCGAAUUCACACCAAGGAGAAGCCAUUCAGCUGCACUCACUGUGGAAAGAGUUUCAGGCAGUCAUCCACCCUUACUGAGCACCAACACACUCACACUGGAGAGACACCAUUCACCUGCGCUGAAUGUGGGAAGGGAUUCACUCGUUCGGCCCGCCUAAUGUUGCACCGGCGAAUUCACAAUGGAGAGAAGCCAUUCAGCUGCACUCACUGUGGAAAGGGAUUCAGCCAGACUUCUGACCUGACUGCACAUGAGCGGAUUCACACUGGGGAGAAGCCAUUUAUCUGUUCUGUAUGCAGCAAAGGAUUCACUCAUUCAUCCGGCCUUUGGUCACACAAGCGAGUUCAUACUGGGGAGAAGCCCUUCAUUUGCUCUGUGUGUGGCAAAGGAUUCACUCAUUCAUCUGGCCUUUCAUCACACAAGCGAGUUCACACUGGGGAAAAGACAUUCGUCUGCUCCGUGUGUGGAAAAGGAUACAUUCAUGCAUCUGGCCUUUGGUCACACAAGCAAGUUCACACCGGAGAGAAGCCAUUUAUCUGCCCCGUUUGUGGGAAGGGAUUCACUCUUUAUUCCGGCCUUUGGUCACAUAAACAAAUUCAUGCUGAGGAGAAGCAAUUCAGCUGUGUUGCUUGUGGAAAGAAGUUUGGGUCUGCAUCCUAUCUCAAUGUACACAAGCGUGUUCACACCGGGGAGAGGCCAUUCACCUGUUCCAUGUGUGGAAAAGGAUUCACUCGGUCAUCCAAUUUGUUGAGGCAUCAGCGAAUUUAUAAGCAUCAGCAGUGUUUGGAUUCUACUGAUAUUGCUGCUGUUAAUCACUGCAGUGUUUCUGCUAAAGUCAACAAUCUCGAUUAAUAGCAGCAGUUGAAAUAUUCAGGAUAUAUCACUGAUUUUCAGAGGUUCAGUGUCCUUUUCUAAAAUCAUAAUUUGUGAUCCUUCUCCUUAUUCAAAAAUUCUCAACAGGGGCUCAAUUACAAUAAAAUUAUCAGCCUUUACUUGAAUGUUAAAUUGAUUUUUGAUGCAAAAUCUGCACUUCACUGUCUGAAAGUAUUCAUCAACAUCUCCAAUGAGAAGGUGCUAAUUCAUCUUUGCUGACAAUUCUUACUCAUUUGCACAAUUUUUGCAUUUUGCAAUUAAAUUUCCCAAAGCACAUAAGCAUUAUGACAUUUUCCAGGUACAGCAAUAAUCACUUUAUGAUGCAACAUUCAUGUCAGUGAAGCUUUGGAGUUGUUGAGUUCAAUCAUUUAUGACACAGCAGCAGCAGCUACAACUUUUGGUAAAGACAGAACCCACAACAAAGCAGGGGUAGCAUCUGCAUUGCAGCGAAAAUCAAACCUACCUAAUGUACAACAAUCUGCUGAAGCAGUCCAUGUCCAAAUGCAGCAAAACCUGGCUGUAUCUAGGCUUGGGCUGAAAAGUCACAAGUAAAUGCCAUAAAAAUGCCAGGCAAUGACUAUUGCCAAUAAAACACAAUCUACUCACUUCCCCUUUACUACCAUCACUGUGUAUGCUACUAUUAGUAUCAUGGGGGAUACUGUUAACCAGAAGCUGAACUAGACUAACCAUAUAAAUACUGUGUCUACAAGAGCCAGUAAGAAGCUAGGAAACAACAAGUAACUCAGCUGCUGAGUGCCCAAAACCUGUCCACCAUCUGCAAAGUACAAACCAAAAAUGCAAUGGAAUACUCCACUCACUUGGAUGAGUGCAGCACCAACAAAACUGAAAAAGCUUGACACCAUAUAAGGCAAAGCAGCCCAUUUGAUGGACACCACAUGCACUACCUUUACCACUGAUGUUCAGUAGCAACAAUGUGUACCAACAACAAGAUGCCCUACACAAAUUCACCAAAGAUCCUUAAACAACACCUUCCAAACCUACUACCAUCUAGAAAUACAAGGCCACUUGAUACAUAGGAACGUCAACACUUGAAAGUCCCUCACCACGCUGUGUUGGAAAUAUUUUACUGACCCUUCAAUGUGUUGGGACAAUAUUCUGGAACUGUCUCCCUGUCAACAUUGUAUGUCUACCAUGUGGUCUAACAGUGGUUCAAGAAUGCAACUCACCCCAAUGUCAAGGUCACCUAGGAAUGCGCAAUAAAUGCUAGUCCAGCUAGUGACACCUACAAGUGAAUUAAAAAAAACAUAAGCCUGACGUCUAGAACACUCCUGCACUUGAAAGUAGCCAAGACAGCCAUGGAAAGGGCAGGGAGAUACUGUGCAAAGAAAUCCUGGAUUCUCUGUCAAGAAAUCCAAAUUGAACGUGACAAGGAAAAUCUUGAUGGGAUCAAGCGAACACUUGGUGCACCCAGCACCAAAAUUGCUGCCUGGAGAUCAGGAGAAUUUGAAAUUCUCACUGACAAAAGUAAACAGAUAUCCUGCUGGGUUGAACACUCCAGUGAGCUGUACUCACAUGACACAGACAAAUCUAGGUUCUUGCAGCUUCCUGUCAUGGUGUUAAUGCGGUACCCUCAUCAUUUGAAUGGGAAAAGGCUGAGUAAGCAGAAAGGACCCCAGCAAGGAUGGAAUCACAGCCAAACUGCUCAAACACAGAAAGUCCAACAACAACAAGAGGCAUCUCAUUUCUUAGUGUCACAAAGAAGACUUUCACUAAGGUCAUGUUUAACAGACUGUGCUUGUAGUAUGUGUGUGUGUGCAUGCAUGUGUGUGUCCAGAAGCACAGUGCGUUUUCUGUGCAGAUAGACAGACAGUGGACAGGAGCUUCUUCGUACACCACCUACAAAAGAAUGUUCCAAUUGAUGUUUAAUCAAAAAUGCUGCCAGCUUUUGUUUUGUGAAAUGUAAUAAUACUGAGUGAAAGUAAACUAUUAAGUAUGAAUUGAAAAAUAUAGGCAGAAUUGUGAAAGGCAUGAAAAUGUUUGAUUCCCAAAAGGUAAGCUCCAGAUUUGAGGUUAUGAUCUGGAUUUCAGAUAAUGUGAGAAACUCUAUCCUGUUUAGUUUUUUUUGGUCAAAUACAGUCAGAGUCUUUGUUUUACCUUUUUUUUAAAUUCUAUUUUUCUACAAUUAUGUUAAGAAAGAACCAAAAACUGGACAAAACUCCACCAAUUUGCAAACAAGCAGAGGAGCUAACCCUUUCUACUGACAGCAUGAUGACAAUUUGAACUAGAAACUUUACUUUUGAAAGAUUUGGUUUCAUUCUUUCUGUUAAUUUUCAAGACAAAGUGCUUGAGAACAGGAAAUUUGGAAGUUAUUUCCAAACUGAUUGCAAGUGCUUUAGCCUCUGAUCUAUAGACAACACAUUACAUCAAGAUUAGAUAGAAUAGUAAAGGUCCUCCAGUGCUCCUGAAUGAGAAUGAUUGGGAUGUUCUACUCAGAGAAUAUCAUACCAUAACUCAGAGUAAGAGAUGGAGAACAUCACAUUAGUGAGUGGGAAUUGGAAUAACUGACUGUGAGUAAAGGAUAGAGAACAUUGCAUCAGCAAGUGGGAAUAACUGACAGUGAGUAAAGGGUUGAGGGAGUAUUGGAUGACAUAUCCCAUGUGAUGUUGGUGUAGUUAAUGUGGGAAAAGUGUGGUGAAACUGCCUCAAAGAAUUGGUCCCAAACGUGCUCAGUAACACAACAACAGGACACCAUUGAGUAAUUAUUAUAGAUCGAAAGCUGAGAUAACAUUUUAAAUUCUCAAGAUAUCAACACAUAAUCCACAGAAAAACUGACUGUAAGCCAAACGGGAGAGAAUUAAACCCAUCAACUAAUCCCAUCUUAUGAAAAUAUCCUCAAGGUGAAUGCAGGUGAACAGAGAGAUGGCGACUCUUUAAAAUCCAUUUGGAUUUAUGACGUGAAUGAUUUAGAAUUGUACGAGUCAAGCUCCAGUUGGGGAGAAUGAAUCAAAGUUGACAGUUAUCGCAUUUUAUUGGAAACAUUUUGACAUUUGUUUAUGGAGGCAGCUCAAGGGUUUUCCUAAUUCUGAAUCAUUCUUGUAGCUAUAGUGUGUUAGUUAUGGCAUGUAACAAAUUAGAAUAACCAGCUCCAAGCUUCAAAAUAACUGGGUUAGUCAGAAAUCAGUGGUAAAAGGUCAAUAAGGAGUUUCUCUUCUCAAAAUCAGUAAUAAAUUGCUGGAUGAAAUUGUAACAUUUGAAUAAAUAUAUUGAAUAUUAUAGGAAGCUCCCUAUGUCUCACUCCCAUAGUGUUCACCUGAUGAGUCCCCUGGUGAGCUGCUAAACAUUUGUUCCUCAAUAAA